CACGCUUCAAGAAGUCCCGAAGGGGCCGCGCGGCCGUUCUCGCCUCUCCCUUAAGUCCUCGCACUGCCGCACGCGCCGCCAUGUCGUUGCCACAUUCUUGAGAGCAUAAGACGCGAUUUCUCCUUCGGGAAAAAGAAAAAAAGGCGAAAAGAACCGAAGGGAACAAAAGAAGUCGAUGGAAGCGGCGGAGAAAGCUAAGAAGACGCGGCCUCCUUCUUCUUCUUCCAAGAAGAAGAAAGUAGUGGAGAUCAAGGGCACGGCCGUCUCUCUGAAGCAGAGAGUCGAAGAGCUCCACCACGCGCCGGGCCUCGUCGGCAGCAUCGUCGAGAAGGGUUUCCCGUCGUCCGAUGACUAUAAACCCCAGCAGAAGCCCCCGGUCUCCUUCCCCCAACCCACUGUCCUUCCUUUCCCCGUCGCCCGCCACCGCUCUCACGGCCCGCACUGGGCCCCGGCGAGCUCCUUGCCGGAUGCCGCCGCCGAGGACGGCAUGGAGGAGGACACGGAUGAGACGAAUUAUGACCCGAUAGCAUCCCUCGCGAACCCUAUCCAGAGGAAGGAGAAGAAGGGCUUGGACUUCAGCAAGUGGAAGGAACUCAUGCCAGAGAAUAACGCUGAUAUGCCUCAAUCAAAGAAAAAGGAAACGAACGGCAUUGCAAGAAAAGCAGGAGAGGUGAAUGCUGCUAAUAGAGAAGAAGCAAAGAAAGAAUCUUCACCUUUAACUACUUCACCUCCCGAAGAGUUGCUGCGCAGGAAUUCCCAGACUGAGCACACGACCAGAGUCGAGCAAAAGCCCAGCAAUCAGGGAUCGCCGUCUCUCAUGGAUGAAACCGCUUCAAGAGCCGAACAAAAACCUGUUCCCAUGGGUAUCGAGUUUGAAACAUCAGUACCUGGUGGUCGGGGGUCUCUGUCUCUCAUGGAUGACAUUGAUGCGGAGAAUCUUGAUCGGCUGAAGCAGAUGUCAGCGGACGAGAUUGUGGAGGCACAGGCGGAGAUAAUGGAGAAGAUGGAUCCUUCCCUGAUAGAGAUGCUAAAGAAGCGUGGGCAAGACAAGUUAGGGAGAAAGAAAGGUUCUGACUUGAAACGGGAAGGGGGAUGGCAUGAUCUGGGAAGUGCUAAGCCAGUUGGAGGUGGGAAGAGUUUGACAUCGGCUGUUCCUCCUGGUAUUUGGCUCCCAUUCGGUGAACAUAGCAACAUCUCAUGGAAGGUUUGGAGAGAGAGAGUUGAGAAGGUUAGGGGAUUGAGGUUUUCCUUGGAAGGAAAUGUUAUGGAAACUGAUUUUACUCAAAAACAAUAUAAUGGUCAGUAUAAUGUUGAGAAUGUAGCUGAACGUGACUUCCUUCGAACUGAGGGUGAUCCUGCUGCCGUGGGAUAUACAAUUAAUGAAGCAGUAGCACUUAUUCGGAGCAUGGUACCUGGACAACGAGCACUUGCUUUACAGCUGCUUGCUUCUGUUCUUAACAAGGCUUUACAAAACUUGCAAAGCAAGGAUUCUGGGUAUAAUAUGGACAUGAAUCCUGUUGACAGAUUGGUUGAUUGGCAAGCUGUUUGGGCUUUUGCCCUUGGCCCUGAACCUCAACUGGCUUUAUCACUUAGGAUUGCUUUGGAUGAUAACCAUGACUCUGUGGUUUUGGCUUGUGCCAAGGUGAUGCAGUCAAUAUUGAGCUGUGAGAUAAAUGAGAAUUUCUUCAAUAUCAAAGAGAAAUCAGCUACUCAUGAAAAAAAUAUUUGCACGGCUCCUGUAUUUCGGACGAGACCUGAGGUUGAUGGUGGUUUUCUUCAUGGUGGAUAUUGGAAGUACAAUACAAAACCUUCAAAUAUAAUUCCUUAUGCUGACAAGAAUGAGGAUGAUGGGAGUGAGGGGAGACAUACCAUCCAAGAUGACAUUGUUGUGGCUGGACAAGAUAUUGCUGCUGGUCUCAUUAGGAUGGGAAUACUUCCAAGAAUUUGCUACCUUAUGGAGAUGGACCCUCUUCCAACUUUACAAGAAUGCCUUGUCUCAGUACUUGUUGCUUUAGCCAGGCAUUCCCCAACAUGUGCUGAUGCUAUUAUAAGAUGUCCAAGGCUUAUUCGGACCAUUAUUGAUAUGUUCACCAAGCAAAGCAUGGUGGAAAUUCAUCCGUCUCAUAUAAAAGCAGUUAUUCUUCUAAAGGUCUUGUCUCAAUCUAGCAAGCAAAUCUGCUUGGAUUUUGUGAAGCAUGGAAUUUUUCAGCAGGCAAUGUGGCACUGGUAUAAAAAUGCAUUUACCCUUGAGCAUUGGAUAAAGUCUGGAAGGGAACAUUGUAAACUCACUUCUGCCCUGAUGGCUGAACAAUUACGCUUAUGGAAGGUCUGUAUUCACUACGGGUUUUGCAUAAGAUACUUUGCAGAUUUUUUUCCUGCCAUGUGUUUGUGGCUUAGUCCUCCUACAUUUGACAAGCUAAUUGAAAACAAUGUUCUUGGUGAAUUCACUUCCAUUACAAGAGAAGCAUACCUUGUCCUAGAGGCCCUAGCUCGAAGGCUACUGAUCCUUCAUUCAAAGGAGCAGCUUGAAAAGCAAGCCUUGGAUUUUUCUGAUGAUAACGUGGAAUAUUGGUCCUGGAGUCAUGUAGUUCCAAUGAUUGACUUAGCUUUAAAUUGGUUAUGCCUAAAGAAUAUUCCAUACAUAUCUUCGCUUAUUGGAGGCCACAAGAGUAGGAACCAUGUGCAAGAUGCAUCUGCAAGUUGUAUGCUUUGGGUGAUUUCAGCAAUUUUGCACAUGCUCUGUAGUAUAUUUGACAGGAUUGCUCCAGACGAUGCAAAUGAUAUGAGUGGGACCUAUAAUCAUUUGCCAUGGUUGCCCCACUUUGUUCCUAAAGUUGGUCUUGACAUUAUUAAAAAUGGAUUUCUCGACUUCUUGGGUUCAAACAACACGGGACUUGAAACAUUUCCUACUGAAGGUGGAUCACUAGCAAAGGGUCUUUGUUAUUUAAGACAACAAAAUAAUGCUGAUGCAUCAUUUGCUUCAGUAAGUUGUCUUCAAGGAUUAGUUAGACUGGCCCUUUCAGUUGAUAGAUCUGUCCAGAGAGCUAAAAUCCCAAAUUGUACUCAGGCCCCCCAAGUAUCUAAUUCAGGAAUGGCUGAUAAGAUUUUAGAGGAAGGUAUUGUUAAGUGGGCUCAGAAUGAUUUGACAAGAGUACUGACGGCUUUCAUGACCUUGGUCUCCUCAGCAUGGCCUGUAGUGCAGUCUGUUGAGAUGUUCAGUAGAGGAGGACCUGCUCCUGGGACAGGAUUUGGCUGGGGUUGCUCUGGUGGAGGGUUCUGGUCCAUGAAUGUUUUGCUAGCACAAGCAGAUGCACAGCUGAUCUUGGACUUGCUUAAAAUCCUCCCCGCUUUGCUUGAGAAUAACCUUGUUCUUGUUGGAGGCAUGAAGCCUGUACUUGACAAACCUGCUGAUGCAUUGAUUCUGCAGAGAAUCAGUUCUCUGCUUGGAGUGUGUUUGGUUGCAGGACCUGGAGACCGAGUUGCUGUGGAGAAGGCAUUGGAUAUUUUGCUCCAAGCUCCUGUUCUUAAGUAUCUUAGCUUCUGUAUUCAUCAUUAUGUUCAUCAUAGUAAGGGUCUCAAAUCAUUUGAUUGGCAAUAUGGUGAAGGGGACUAUUUGCUUUUCAGUGGGAUUUUAAAUUCUCAUUUCAGGAACAGAUGGUUAGGUAUCAAGAAGAAGUCAUCUGAGAAAAUUGAUAGAAAUAAUCAUAGCCAAGACAUAUCUAGAAAAGGUCAUGCUCUGGAAACAAUACAUGAGGAUGUAGAGCAAACAGAAACAACUGUCAGGUAUCCAUAUUGUAAUUCGUUGUUUGUAGAGUGGGCACACCAGAAACUGCCGCUUCCUGGGCAUUGGUUUCUUAGUGCAAUAUGCAGCAUUGGUGAGAUAAACACGAGGACCCCUUCAACUGAUGUUCUUGAUCUAGCCAAAAGUGGACUCUUUUUUCUUUUAGGUCUGGAGGCAGCAUUCUCUUUCCUAUGCUCAGAUUCUCAAAGCUCUCCAAUAUCUGGUGCAACUUUGGUUUGGAAAUUCCAUGCACUUUCAAUGGCUUUGCAUGCCAAUAUGGAUGUUCUUGAAGACAAGAGUAGGGAUGUUUUUGAAACUUUGCAAGAACUGUAUGGGCAACAUCUAGAUCAGUUAAGACAAGAAAAUAUUAAAACCCUGCUUGGCCAGAAUGAAAAAAUCCAAGUUUCGUCAGCUACCUUGCCAGAAGCUCAAGAGAAUUGUAACCUAAAAUUACUUAAUUUCCAAACGGAAGUUCACGAGAGCUACAGUACUUUUGUUGAGAAUCUCAUUGAGCAGUUUGCAGCCUUAUCAUAUGGUGACGUUAUAUAUGGCCGGCAAGUAGCACUUUAUCUGCACCGUACUGUUGAAGCCACUGUCAGACUUGCUGCAUGGAAUGUGCUAUCUAACACUCAUGUCCUCGAACUCUUGCCUCCUCUAGAGAAAUGUAUUGCUGAAACCGAGGGUUACCUCGAACCUGUUGAGGAUCAUGAAGGGAUUCUGGAGGCAUAUGUCAGGUCAUGGAUUUCUGGAGGCCUUGAUAGAGCUGCUGCUAGAGGAUCUGUUAGUUUCACAAUAGCGCUGCAUCACCUUGCUUGUUUCAUUUUCAAAACUAAUGCUUCAGACAAGCUGGUACUACGGAAUAGAUUGGCAAAAUCUCUUCUCCGCAUUUAUUCACAAAAGCAGCAUCAUGAGGGUAUGCUAUUGAGUUUCAUUCGUCAUGGACUAGGCUCGGUACAAGAGCCACAGUAUAGGACUGAAACUGCUAAGAGGUUUAAGAUGCUUGAGGAAGCUUGUGAAGGAAAUUCUUCUCUUUUGGCUGUGGUGGAGAAGCUGAAGGCUGCUACGUAGGAAGAUUGUCGCGUGGAUGUCGUUAAACCAAAUAUCAUGCAUUCAGUUGGGAGUACUUGAUCGCCGCUUCUAGGCGGCUGGAUGUUUACUUUUGGGGCAGCAGACUACCUCUGGUUGAUAUUGUUUCAUAUAACUUGCAUGCUGACAUUCCAUUUAAAGUAGUUCCAAACUGUUCGGUGAUUUCAGAUGGCGCUCAAAUUUUGACACAGGCUGUGUACAUAGGGGUCGAACUCCUUGUUUGGAGUUUGUUGUAAAGAUGCAAGAGUAUUAUCCCAUCUUUUCAGUGAUGGAACUUCCAGAUCAAAGCAUUGGAUAUUUGGAUAUUUCUGUCAAAAA